ACCUUUAUGAAAACCUGGUCAAAAUCGUAGUAGGCGCUUCCCUCAAUGCCUUUUGCGUCGUAAACACCUCGAUUUUAUUUACGCAACAGGUGCACAAACACAAUAUAACGCAUUUCCCCACACAAAGGCAAGUUCAAUACACUUUACAAAGGGCAGUAGAUAAUGAUCCCGUAUGACAGAGACAGGCGUAACAAACACACACUGUACAGAGCCACAAACACACACGAGAAAAGUAGAAACAAGACCCAUAAAGACAACCCUUUUACAUCAGCUUACGACCGAGCAGACGACGCAAGAACUCUCGUAUUACUUGAGGUGAUAAGAUUUAACAUUGACAGGUCUGCACUGAUGUCGUCUGCGAAAACAUUUUAAACUUGACAUAAAACUAUGCAUGCAAACUUAAUUUUUCUUUUUGUGUAAGAUGCAGCGUUUCUCAGAUAAUAAUACUCAGAUGAACUUCACAACCCUUAAGAGCAUUGCCAACAACAAUCUUCGUUUAUAGAGCAUAUUGUUGAGUCUGAUUACAGUCCCUACUUUUAUGUGACUCUGCUUACCACUAUUAAUCUAUGUACUAAUUAAAAUCAAGCUGCAAGAGUCCUGUUAUCGUUUCCAACUAGUUAAUAUAGUUAUUUAUAUUUAAGAAAGUUUCAUGUAAAGUUGUAAUAGUUUUUUUUUUUUGGUUUGUUUUUUAUUUCGCUGCCUCUCUGGUUUGGUUUGCACAGACUGUAUUUCCGACAACAUCCACACAGCGCCGAGACGCCAACAGGUGGAUUACAGCAGCAGACGAAAGUACGAUCGAUGCCUGCUUGGAUGAUGCUAUAAAGUAAAAGUCUAAUACAAAGGAGACAACCUUCAACAAAGAAAAUAGUCCAAUGUGUAGGGUGACAUGGCCAGAGAUUUAUUUGUUAAAAGGAAACUGUCUAUGAAAGAAAUUUUAACAACUUAUUGUUUUGUGGACCUAAUUUAAAAAAAAAAAAAAACAAGCCAUGGAGUGGUCAAGUACUUCUCUGGAAAACAAGGUUUCCACAUUAGAGACAAUACAUUGUAAGCCAGAUAAACGACAGUGCUUUGAUGGAUCAUGUAUACCCAAGGGUGAUUUGUGCCCUGAGGAAGAAAUAAUGAGCCAAGACUCCAUUCUUAUUAUGAUCGGAGUUGGAAUGGGGGUCGUCAUCUUUCUCAUCAUGCUUUACUGUCUCCAGCAAAGAAGAAAUGCAAACACCAGUGAAACAGCACACAGUUUUGAAGAUGCAGACCUUCAAGAACUGACUGUUCCACCUCCCUCAUAUGAAGAAGCCUUAAAUGUCAACAUUUAUCCACCUACACCAGUAGCACAACGCAGUAGACGGAUUCUCUCAGAGGAGGAACCAAUGACUCCUCCACCCAACUAUGAUACAGCUUUACAUAUACUAGCACAGAGCCAUGAAAGUGUGUUUUUUAGCAAGGAAAUUAAACCACCAUCACCAGUUGUGCGACGGAGUGUCUCUUUGGACUUCUUAAGUAUUAGCAAUCGCAGACCUAUAAGCUCACCACCCAGGAUAGCAGGUUUCAGACAAACUGUUUCCCAUCAAGAAGAUGAGGGUACAUAGAAUUCCUCAAGUGUAGCUAGUUUCUGCAGACAUCUGUUUCAGAAUGUCACCGUUUGAAAUUGUGGGAAAAUACUUUUGAUUGUCAUGUAAAGAGUUUGGUUUUGCAGACAAACAUAGCAACCAAGAGUGAAUGCUGCUUGCUUGUAGAAAUUAUCAGGUCAUAUAAAUGGCAUUUGGCAUUAUUACUGGACUUCCUGCAGUCCGUAAUUGAAUUCAGUUGCAAAUUGUGAGGGCUUACCAGCCAAAUGGGCUAUGCCAAAGGAGAAAUUUACCCUCUUUAUCCUACCUGCUGUCUUUACAGAGAAGCAUAUCAGUUGUUUGAGGUAAAAAAGCUUGGUUGAUUGUCUGAUUGUAAGUGCAUAACACAUAUCAUAUGGGUAGGAGUUAUUAGCUCAGGUAAGUAUGGUUGUUCUUUUUUCAUUAUUAAUCUUUUUCAGAAGCAUUUGCAAAACAUACUUUCUUUUAAUCACAUAAUGUAUGAAUAUAUUUUUGCAGUGUUUUAAUUUUUAAAGCACUGUAUUUAUAUUUUCCAUACCUUUUUGAUGUUUUUUAAAGUUUUCUGUUAAGUCUGAAAAUGUUACUAGCAUGUACACAAGAUCGGUCUUCAACAGACUUUUAAUGUAGCUGCAAAUAAAAUUGCAGGUAUACAUGUGCAAGGAAAUGGCUUAAAGUUCAGAGUUGUUUUCAUAGACACUAAGUAGGCAUAGCUUUUUCUAUUAUAUGUGCUCAAGUGAUUUGUAAAAUGUUAAUCAGGAAAUGCAUUUAUACGAAGAAAUGUCCGAUAGCAGAGUUUUCUUUCAGCUAUGUAAGUAACAGUAAAAGAGAUAACUGUUAAAUUGUUGCAGGAUAUGGAUCUUUUUGUUACAUUUAGAACAGUUUAAGUGUUUUUCUUUACCAAGAUUAGGUAUUGAAGGCCAUUUUAAGUGUCAAAUGUAUUGUCUUUUGUUUUCUUCAAACCUUUUUCUAUGACUAGCAGUGUCUACCUGCAGAAAUGAUGAUUUACAACCACUUUUUUUUUCUUUUUAAAUUCAGUUUGUUCAGGAGUUUCCUUUACCAGUCAUUGAAUAAAUUUACCUAAUAAUAUUGCAUUGAUCUAGGUCUGGCUUUGUAAGCAUUGUCCAUUGGUGCUUUUUUAUUAUUGCUUAAAGCCUUACCAGAACGCAAAAUUAUCUAUUUUACUAUGUGGAUAUGCUAAUGUUGUUGAAGCAUGGCGUUAUUUGCUUAAAGCCUUACCAGAGUGCAAUGCUGUUUAUUGUAUUAUAGUGACUACUUAGGUAUACAGUAAUUGGAUAGCUUGAAGGAUAUGGUACUUAAGUGCAUCCAUGUGUCGCUUGUGCUACAGUAACAUAUAGUUUUUCCCUUAUUCUGUGGAAAGGGGAGAAUGUUUGAGAGAUUGUAUAUUACAAGCAGAAAGAGGCUGUUUAUUCAAUUUUUGGGAAUAAGAAUUUUGUAAUAAACUAAAACCAGAUAAUAAAUUAGGAAAUAAAUACAUUGCACUAAGGUAAACCUUUAGAAGGAAAUCCACCCUUUUUUUAACCUUACUUAGCAGUUUACAUAUCAUAUCACACAGGCGAUUUUUACUUUUUAUAUAAAACCAAGGGAUUUGUGACAAUGUACUUUAAUUGAAGUGUUCAUUUUGCUGAAUAUCUAUUAAAUGAUGACGUGUGUACGUGUGGUGGUGGUGCGGUUUAUCUGCUUACACUGUGCAGCUGAGCUCAGUGAUAAGGAAAGUUUGUCCAUGCUGCUGAGUGCCUUAGUAGUGUUGGGAAUGAUGCUGUGUAUUCACAGUUUUACUCUUUACAGUUCAGCAUUUCUUAAUCAUCUGCUGAGUAAAUGUGUUUUUUCCAACUUAACAUGUUUGGCUGAACUUUACAAAGUUAAAACUCCUAUAUCCAUAGUUGCGAAAAUUUAUAUUUUCUGGUAAAAUUUUAUGUUUAGGUAUUGUAGAUAAAUGUGCGACACUCUUUGAGCAAACCAUUGCUCCACCAGUGUAAUUUACUGAAACAUUUUGCUUAGUUUCAUAUGCAUACAAUUUGCUCUGACUUCUAAGAUUUCCAGUUCCAUUUCAUAAACAGAUCGGUAAAGUCUUAUGUUACUUAUAAAUAACUAUAGGCUUAGAUAAUGAAUGCAUUUGCAUUUCAUGUAACAAACAAAGCACUGAUGUCAUUUUUUUUCCUCAAGAAAAUGAUUUUACUUAACUAUACAUGUACGGAUGUUCUUAUAUUUACUUGUAGCAAGAAACUUAUAGUUGAAAACACCAUUUUCUCAAGGAGUGAUCUCUCAUAAUCAUAGACAUAACUGUAUCUGAAAAUCACAUGGGUACAAUUGAUACGGAUAUUUUUGUGUAUUUUUUUUUGUACUAGAUAUACACAGAGAUUCAAAUCUUUAAUCAUAUCUCAUUCAUGGAACCCAUGACAGAGAUAAAGUUGAUCUUGAUUAUUUCCUCAUCCUACGCAUCACAUAAGAGGUAAGACCUAAUCGUUUGGGUGAGUCCUUCGCUGGGAACAAAGGGUUGGGGUAUCUAGAUGAGCUGUCAGAUUUUUCAGAAAACAAAAGCAGUUAAAUGUGGUCAUUGCUGCUUAGCCAUACUUUGCUGGAGUUUUGCUUUGCUGCUGUCUUCUUGAUUCUGGUUGUUGAUCUUCCACUCUUUGUGAUGGUUGAUCAGAAAUAUUUGAAAGCCUCAACUUGCCUCUGUUCAAGGUGAUAUUUUUGUCUGUUACUCUAUGGACCAUAAAUUUGUAUUUUUACAAGAUCACACCCAUUCCUUAUGUGCCCACACUUGCAAGAAGUCCGUUUUUGGAGUUCCUUAUUGCUGCCACUAAACUGAUUAUUGUCAGCAAUGAAAGGCCAACAAUUCUGCUUCUAAGAUAAUGAAUGUUUUGUGGUGUCAUGCAUGAUGUUUUUCAAGGAACAGAACGAAGAGGUUAGGCCAAAGGAAACACCAUUGAUAUACUCAAUUUUUUGUGACUAUGUGCCUUCCCUGUUUACUAUUUUAAACCAUGCACAACAAAGUUAGAUGGAAGGUGCGAAGUUGGGAAAUGGCCUUUUUUGUUGUUAAAGUCAGUUCCAUUUAAUAUUUAUCAGUUUUUGAAGACCAGAAAUAGAGAUGAGGAUACAAUAACCUCAUAAGAACAGUCUUUUACUUGAAUUUUUAAUUUUAACAGAAAUUGAAUAGUAGUAAUGCAAACAGUCCUAAAAUCUGCAUUGUUUUUUAAAAAAAGGAGAAAAAAGAGAAAGGUCAGUCGAUGAAACCUGGAAAAGGGGAAGUCAUUCCAUUUAGUCUGACAUAGAAGAAUGCAAAUUUUAUAGUUCAUGAACUGUAGUAAAAGAGAACCACAUUGUAAUACCUUUCUAUGAAAUUUCUUUUUGAUAAGCUGCCUAUAUGGUUUGUUCAGUCUAAAAUUUCCGGACAGUUUACAUUCCUUAUCAUUAAAAAUUUUUCUUUGUACAGUUACUGUUGUGUUACUAAAUAUUAAGUUGUAUUAUGAGAAGACUGUUUCCAUUUUUAACUGUCUAAUGUACUUGCAGAUGGUGUCACAAACCAGCAAUGUGGGGAUAGUAAUAAGCAACAACUUACAAGUGAUCUAGUCAGUUAACAAUUAUCGUUCAUUAAGCAUUUGUUUACGUAAUGUGAUGUAAUCUGUGUAAGAUUUGUUGCAACCUGUGAAAGCCCUUUCUAUAAAAUCUUCUGCAAUGGCUGGGCUGGAGAGGGUCUGAUGCAGCCAUUAUGUUAGGCAGAACAAAGUACAAUCUGAGUAGGUUCCUCAUAGUACUGAUCCUGUUUUAAUGAUUUGAAACUUGGAUCCUACUGGCUAAUAUGGAGAAAAGAAUCCAGGUAUUUGAGAACAAGUACCUGAGGAGGCUUCUGCAGAUCUUGUUAAGAGAUUUUGUACAAAGUAUGAUCACCACACUCAUGGGACACCAGAAACUCCUGUCUGCAACUGUCAAGGGUGUAACUGGUCUAGUUUGGUCAUGUGACCCAGCAUGAUAGUUUGUCAAAGAAAUUGUCAUUCAAGGUACCUUGGAGGAUGGUCAAUGCUGUGGUAGCCAGAGGAAGAAAUGGCAUACAAACACAUUAUUAUACAAGACAGGCCUGAGUGGCAGGCCUUUUUAGCUGCCACGUCUAUCCAUGCACUUUCCACACCAACCAAAUGAAUGAUCUUCUGAUGUUAAGUUUAUUUGGGUUUUUUUUUAGAAAAUAUUUAUUAUGACAGGAGGUGUUGUGAAAGAUAACAGUCUUCAAGGAAUGAUAAUUUCAGCCAUAUGCUGUUUUGUUGUAAACACAAAAUGGAGACUGAUUUUAAAAUAAAUGUCUUCCAGGGCUGAUUUAUGGGAUUAAAAUACUUUUUUGAAGUCUAGUUGUUUGAGAUCUAUGUAUUCAAGAUCUGUUUAAUUAUGAUCAUGUUACAGCCAGAAAUGUCAACAACUUUUCCUUUUUUUUUAAAACGCCUGUUGUAGUAAAUCAUAUCUUAAGCAGAUUUAUGUUAUUGAAAUUAGAGGUAGUUUGUUAUUUCAGUCACAAAAUAAUCUGGAUGAUAAGAAACUGUAGGAUUUCCCCUUUUCAAAUACAAAUCAGAUUAAAAAAAUCUGAUAUUUUGGACAUUUAGCUUCUUUACUCUGCUCAUAUUUUUUCAGCAAGACAGUUGCUUCCAGGCUAUUGCCAUAUAUAUAAUCAAUAUAAAUUAGUUUAUAAUUGUUGCAUUAUCUGUGAAGGCAUUUCAAUAUGAACUUGCACAAUUUUGUAAUGUAUUCUUCAUUUUGGUGAUCUGCACCAUAUCACUUUGCUCAUGUUUUUCAUUGAUACACAACUCCUUUGUGCUUACAACGAUCUUUGCAGAUUGAAAACUUGUGAUUCUGCCACAAAAAAAAAAAUACAUGGCAUGAUUAAUGUUAUUUGAAGAUAUGAGGAUCAAGAUGCAUUGUUGCAUCAUGUUGUUUGCUUCAGUGCCAGAAUAUAGUGUUUGUCAAGGUUCUCUUUUAUUCCUUGUUCAAAAGCAAAAAAAUUAAAAGUGACAAAACCCAGAA